AAUAAAAGAUAGCAACAUUUUCUUGUCGCUUCGAGAAUAAAGUGUGGUUGAUUUACUUGUUGAAAGAAUUACAAAUUUUAUUAGAAAUGUCGACAUUAGCAGCCCCUUUAUCAGUUGCUGGAACGAGACAUUCCGGAGCUCCAGUACGAACCCAAAAUGUUAUGGCAGCAGCAGCUAUUGCUAACAUAGUAAAAAGCUCUCUUGGUCCAGUUGGAUUGGACAAAAUGCUUGUGGAUGACAUUGGUGAUGUGACAGUUACUAAUGAUGGUGCCACUAUUCUUAAGAUGUUAGAAGUUGAACACCCUGCCGCUAGAGUAUUAGUAGAGUUAGCACAGUUGCAAGAUGAAGAAGUAGGAGAUGGUACCACUUCAGUUGUUAUUAUUGCUGCAGAAUUACUAAAGAAUGCAGAUGAACUUGUAAAAAACAAGAUUCAUCCCACAAGCAUAAUCUCUGGGUACCGUCUGGCUUGCAAAGAAGCAGUCAAGUAUAUUCAGGACAACCUUACAGUGACUGUUGAGUCACUUGGCCGGCCAUCUCUCAUUAAUGCAGCCAAAACUACAAUGUCAUCAAAGCUAAUUGGAGCUGAUGCAGAAUUCUUCUCAGAAAUUGUAGUUGAUGCUGCUCAAGCUGUCAAGACCCUUGACCCUAAAGGAAACCCCAUGUAUCCAAUCAAAGCUGUUAAUAUCCUAAAGGCUCAUGGGCGAAGUGCCCGGGAGAGUGUUCUUGUUAAAGGAUAUGCUCUUAAUUGCACUGUAGCCUCUCAAGCUAUGCCCAAGAAGAUCUUGAAUGCCAAAAUUGCCUGUUUGGACUUCUCACUGCAGAAAACCAAGAUGAAAAUGGGUGUUCAGGUGCUUGUAUCAGACCCAGAAAAACUGGAAGCUAUCCGAGCUCGUGAAUUAGAUAUCACCAAGGAACGUCUUCAGAAAAUCUUGUCCACUGGAGUAAAUGUCAUACUUUGUAGCGGGGGUAUUGAUGACCUCUGCCUUAAAUAUUUUGUUGAAGCUGGAGCAAUGGGAGUGAGAAGAUGCAAGAAGGCGGAUCUUAAGAGGAUCGCUAAAGCUACAGGAGCCGCUUAUUUGACUUCGUUGACGAAUAUGGAUGGUGAGGAAGUAUUCGACGCCAGUAUGAUCGGCGAAGCUGCUGAAGUUAUUCAGGAACAGAUAUGUGAUGAUCAACUCAUCUUAAUCAAGGGACCCGUAGCUCGUACAGCAGCAUCAAUAAUCCUCCGUGGACCAACCGACGCUUACUGUGACGAGAUGGAGCGUUCCGCCCACGACGCGUUAUGUGCGGUUAGGCGUGUGUUGGAGUCUGGAAAACUUGUACCCGGUGGCGGAGCGGUAGAGGCAGCCCUGUCCAUAUAUUUGGAUAACUUUGCUACAACACUGAGUUCUCGGGAACAAUUAGCUAUAGCUGCGUUUGCGCAAUCCUUGCUGGUAAUACCGAAAACGUUAGCAGUAAAUGCGGCGCGGGACGCCACAGAUCUUGUUGCUAAACUACGGGCCUAUCACAACUCCUCACAGACUAAGGUGGAACAUGCAAACCUAAAAUGGGUGGGUCUAGAUCUCACUGAAGGCACUUUACGUGAUAACUUAGCGGCUGGAGUCCUCGAACCGGCGAUAUCGAAAAUAAAAUCCCUCAAAUUCGCUACGGAGGCAGCAAUCACCAUUUUACGUAUUGAUGACAUGAUUAAAUUGGACCCAGAACAGAAGGGAGGAAAGUCGUACGAGGAUGCGUGCAACGCCGGCGAAUUGGACUAGAUUAAAUAUAAUAUUAAUGUGUUUGUCAAUAUAUAGGAUCGUAUUCCAUACAAAAAAAUAUUCUUAAAUAAAUAACAAACAUCAUUUUAUAAUUAUAUAGUCUAUUGGUUAUUUAAAUUCAUAUGAGUUGAUAAGAUAGAAUACUAUCUAAACUACUUAUUAAGAUAUUGGUAUUGUCUUGGAAUACAGAUCCUGAGAUUUGACUUUAACUAUUUUAAUAAAUUUGUACUGCAUUGCAUUUUUACAGAGAAUAAUUUUGUGUUGCUAUUUUAUGCUCAUAUACCAAAUUAAAUUAAUUUGUGGUGUCAGUCAGUCAGUAAAUCAGUGAAUUUAUUGUUAAAAUAUCAUGAACAUGUUUCAUAUACAGAUACCGGCAAACAUCUUGAACAAAUUUCCUUGCCUAGAAGCGAUUUUUGGUUAUCUAUGGAUGGUGGUAAAUCAGUUAUCAGUUCUUACAUUAUUUAUCAGUUACAUUAGUUACUUUUUUACUUACAUUAGUUAUCACUUAAACUUCCCCCAUUGUUUAAUGGACCUGUUUAAUGCUCAAAAAGUUUGCCGGUAUCUAUAACGUAUUGAAGUAUUAUUAACUUUCAUAUGUUAUCUGCACAAUAUAAGCUAGAUGGUACAUGAAAUUUUUGUAGGCCUAUAUAAAACCAAUAUAUUAUUGGUUAACGCUAAAACCCGAUAAUUGGGAUUUUUCUUAAGUUCUGUAAUAUUUUGUAAAAAAAAAUCUGUGUCUAGCUUAUUACAUAACUGGUAUCUUGAUUAUUUUCUUAAUAUACUAAAACCCUAAUAUUUAAUUCCCGAAUAUUGCUUGUAACAUUAGUUUUAAACUUCUUUAGUUCGCUAGGGCCUAUUUCUGGCAGUAAUAAAAUAAAUGACUAUU